UAAUUCUUAAAAAAGAAUUGCGCACCAUAUGAACGCAAUCAAUGUGCGUAUAAUAGUGCGGAAAAUUAGUACAUUAUAAAGGAAACAUAUUAAUUUCUAAAAAGUUAAUGAAACAUCUAAUUAAGUAACAUUUUAUGUCGCAAUGCAUUGUUAUCGAGUUUGAAUGCAAUCGGUCCGGUAUAAGUGACCGUUUUUUUGUUUUGUUUUUUUUGUUUGUUAGUAAAGUACUACAUCCGUUCGCAACAAAUCACUCGAAUUUUGACAGAAUCAAGAAAAUAGGAUUUUAUACCAAUGAUUAAAAUUCGAUGAACUAAAGCAGUACUAAAGUUAUCGGUAUUUUAGAAACCAGUAAUAGCGUCAAGUACAACUCCCGGUUAUUGGAGGUCACUCAAAAGUUGAAAGUAAUCAAAGAAUAUAUGAAAUUUCAUCUACAUAUCUGAAACAGUACUCAAGUUUCCGUGUUCACAUGGAAAUAAAGUUCCACUUCCGGUUACCGAAAAUCGUUCAAGGGUUGAAAGAAACCUGUGCAAUACUUGUCGAAAAAGUACCACUUUUGAUUAAUGAAAAUCGCACAAAAGUUUAUACAGAACUACACAUUUGAUAUAAUACUUGUUUAUGAAAUUGAGUCUAAUCAACUGAAACGACACUCAAUGUAUCGUGUUCACAGACACACAGACACAUAGGGACAAAAUUACAAAACCAAGUUUUUCCUUUCUGGAAAGAUGUAAAACGUCAAAAUUUGCCCACCCCCACCCCCGAGAACAAACUUUCAAUUUGGCGCCCCCAACCCCAUAUAUUUUUUAUAUUUAUAAUGCAAAACUGCAGCCGAAAUGAGCUUUUAAUUUUUUUUAAACACAUUUUGGCGCCCCCUACGGUCGGCGCCCGGGGACACAUGUAACACCCCCGCCCCCAAUCGCUACGCCUCUAUAUCAACUUUAAAACUUGAUAACCAUUGCCUAUUUAUGGUAUUAAAAAACGAUUUUUUUUCUUGCUAGUUUCUUGAGAAUGUUUUAGUUUCAGUUUCAAAUGGCAUUUCCGUUUAUAUUUGUCACUGCAUAGAAUUAAACCUAAAUUCGUGCAUUUUGUUUUAGAAAUAAGUCUCAAGUGCACAACGUGUUAGUACAAUUUGUUAUAAUAUAGCAUAUUGGUUAACCGUAAGUUAUUCUCUACGUCAUUUGAAAAGAUAACAAAAUAAUGAUUUAGUUGUUUUGCGAUCGACAUUUGUGAUGUGACCUGUCCUUAGCUAGUGUAGUCCUACACCUAGGGUAAAAACGCCCGCCUAUCACGGCAGGUACAACAUCUAUGUUGCUAUAGGACUACCACAGAGAAGUGUUUAAACAUGGGUGUGUUUGUAUGUUUUUGUUUGGUAUACUCUCUAAGAUAUGAUGGUCAAUUAAUCUUAGGUGUUUGUAAAAUCUAGUCGCCUGUACAUUUUAACGAUACGGGUCUAGCCUCAUCAGACGACACUACGUCGUUUUCCACUGGCCAUUUUUUUCUGUGUGUUUAUGUUAGUUAACGUUUCUGCUUUUAUUGAUUUAAACCUUUAUCUACUGACGGUACUUAUAAGUACCACUUAAAUUAAGCGCCUGUAUUAUUUUUAAUGUAAGACGAAUUUUUAAAAUUAUUGAUGUAAUUAAUAGUAUCAUUUCCCCUUGAGUCACUGCUAGGUGGAGGGAACGAUAUUUUUUUUUAAAUUUCUGGUGUGGCGCCAUUUUCAAUCUCUUGCUGUAUCGAUAGUUCACAAUCGUUCUGUACACAUCUCACACGUGUUUCUGAUUUCUCUUUGUUUUACCUUAUUCUUCAAGUUUUCAACCCCAAAUAUUUUUAUUGGCAUUUUCAAUAGUCAGGUGAGAUAAUCCUCUGGAAAAUUAAAGAACAUUUUUAAAAUGUGGUUCUACAUUGAAAUUUAAAAAAAUAUUUUCAAACUCGGACUACUGCUGACAGCAAAUAUUAUGACAAAAUAAACAUAAAAAAGUUUACACGAGUGGAUAACUCCAUAUCAACUGUCGAUCAUGUCAGAGGAUGAGCGCAACACACCAGCAUCAGAUUUUAGUGCUGAGUCUAACACCACCAGCUUUGUUCUUCAACCAAGUAUUUUCCUACAUGGAACUCCGUCACUUUCAGAAAGAAGUGUACCAAAUACUCCCAAUAUCCCAUAUGCCGAUUGCAGAUCGGAUAUUCCAUCCACAUCUAAAUCUACUAGAACCGCACGUCGUAAAUCAAGUUCAAGACGAAUUGCAGAUUCUGACUCGCCCAAAAAUUUCAAACGUAUUAAAUACGAAAGAAAAAGAAAAGCAUUAAAAAAGACCAACGGUUUUACGGUACAUCAUCUACCUUUACCACCUCCAACAGAAAGUGAACAAGAACAGGAAAUAGAUAUGCCUACCACUAGCAUGGCUAGAGGCACCUCAUCGCCUUCUGAAGAAAACGUCACGAACAGAGAUACAUUUACCAAUCAGACAGCAGUUACCCCAGAGCUGAAUGACGCGUUUAGACCACACAAAUACCCAUCACCACAAUUUCUAAAAGAGCUCUUAGGUCAAUUAUUCUGUAGUAACGCUGAAAUACAACUCCAAGCUCAUAAAAACUUGAUAUUUUGGUUGAAACAUUAUCCACCAGUGGAUGAAGAAUCGUGUCAAGUUUAUUUUGAAGCUUUUAAUUUAAACUCUGAUAAUUUUUAUAUUAAUGAUGUUUUCAAAUCUUCUAUGAAAAGCUCAGACAAGACUACUUCUGCUAGGGUGUUUGAAGUUCUAGCAUUGAUGUUUGAAAAAAACUUCGAAUCAUGCUUCGAAUAUCAUGAAAUUCAGGGAUUAUUGACCGUAAAUUGGCAUCAUGACAGACCCCAAUUAAGAUUCCACUACAAAUUAGAAGGCCAUCUGUCACAGAUUCUGGAACUUGUAACUUCCAAUCCAGAAGCAAAUCUCCGUGUGUCUUAUGCCCGUUGUCGUUUAGUAAGUCUCACGUCUAACGCUUUUAGAAAUAACCUCAACCACGGAAAGUUUGAUACAGGUUUCGUUGUCAGUCUUGCUCAUAAGUUAGCUAACAUUAUAAAUUCUGUUUUUAAAGAUCGUGAGUAUGAGUUGAUCGCCGCAGUGCUACAUAGUAUUAAAGUGGUUUGGCUGAAAGCUUUAGUUGUGGCCCUUGUGUUAUCGCAAUAUCCCAACGACCAAUCCAAUGAGAGCUCGGGGAAUACAGCGUCAUUAGAUUCCAUCGUCUCAAGUUUGUUAGAACCGCCCAUAGAGUAUCCAAGUACGCCUUUACAUAGUACUUCUAAUGUCCAGCCAACAAAUGAACCUAACACUUCUAAUAACCAUACAAGAAAUGAACCUAACACUUCUAAUAACCAUACAAGAAAUGAACCUAACACUUCUAAUAACCAUACAAGAAAUGAACCUAACACUUCUAAUAACCAUACAAGAAAUGUAGCUAACACUUCUAAUGUCCAGCCAACAAAUGAACCUAACACUUCUAAUAACCAUACCAGAAAUGUAGCUAACACUUCUACUAACCAUCAUAGAAGUGCCGUUCUGAAUGCGAGGGUUUUGUUAGAACCGCACAUAGAGUAUCCAAGUACGCCUUUACAUGGUACUUCUAAUAUCCAGCCAACAAAUGAACUUAGCAAGUCUAAUAACCAGCCAAGAAAUGCCGGUAUGAAAGUGAAGAGAAUCAACCUAAAGAAAAGAAAUCAUAAAGGAGAGACCAUACUUCAUACCACCUGUAUAAAGAACGAUGUGAAAACUUUAAGAAAGCUGCUUGCUAUGCCCAACAUUAAUGUCAACGUGACAGAUCACAACGGCUGGACACCACUACACGAGGCUUGCAACCACGGUUUCUAUGAAUGUGUUGAACUACUACUGCAGUCUCCUGGGAUAGACUUGCAAGCACGGUCAAAUGACGAAGGCACUACACCGUUAAUUGAUGCAGUUAAUAAUGGUCAUAUUGAUGUAUGUAGGCUUUUAAUGAGGUAUGGAGGUCGACAACUACUUCACGAUAGAAAUAGCAAAGGUUUUACUGCUUUGGAUGUAGCAGAAUCUGAGGGUAACACUAAGAUUAUAUCUGUGUUAUUAGAGACGAUGCUACCAAGUAAUUUUAUGAACAACGAGCCGACCCGCUGCGUAUGA